AAUAAAAAGAGUAAAGAUGAAAAAAAGAAAGAAACAAAAAAUAAAUAAAGGUGUUGUUACAUCAUCUCCACUUAGUCCAUUUCCCCAAUUUCAAUUUCAGUUUCCGUGUUUGUGUGUCCACUCACCAUAUCAAUCAGAUCAAAUCCCCCCAAUUCCUAGGGUUUCUCUCUCUCUCUCUCUCUCUCUCUCUCUCUCUCUCUCAAUUCAACUCAUUUUCUUCAAUCUUAGAUUCCAAAAUUGACUUAUGAUGGAAGAACUACAGCAGCAACAGAUUCAGCAACCGGUGAUACCGGUCACCGGAGAAGUUAGGUUUUCUGAGAAUUCGAUCGGAGUCAACGCUUCCGAUGUUGACUUCACGAUGACCGACGGUGGUAGUUACGACACUGUUUUGAAAAAGAAGCGUGGUCGUCCACCGAAAGGAACUCUUCCUCCUCAUCCACGGUUGAAAAAGCCGAAAGAUGAAGAAGAUGUUUGUUUUAUUUGUUUCGAUGGUGGUUCACUUGUUCUCUGUGAUUAUCGGGGUUGUCCUAAGGCGUAUCAUCCAACGUGUGUUAAGCGUGAUGAAGAGUUUUUCCGUUUAACUGAGAAAUGGAAUUGUGGUUGGCAUCUAUGUAGCGAUUGUGGCAAAUCAUGCCACUACAUGUGCUAUACUUGUACAUAUUCCCUGUGCAAGGGAUGUACAAAAAAAGAAUCUGAUUUUGUUAGUGUCAGAGGAAACAAAGGUUUGUGUGGAGCAUGCAAGAGGACAAUAAUGCUGAUCGAAAACAGUGCCCUGGGAAUUAAGUGUGAAGUAGAUUUUGAUGACAAAAGCAGCUGGGAGUAUCUUUUCAAGGUGUAUUGGAUGUACUUGAAAGGAAAGCUAUCUCUUGAUUAUGAUGAGAUCCAUCGAGCUAAAAAUCCAUGGAAAAGUGCUGUUCGUGCUAGUUGCAAGGCUCAAACUCCGCGAAAACUUCAUCAUCUUAAAGUUGACAAUGGUUAUGGAUCCGAGAAUUCCUGUGUAGUAGAUUCAAAUAGUCCAAAAAACAAGAAGGUUAAGGAAAAUAUUUGGACAAGUUUCUUGGACGGUGCCGGACACAAUGCACAAGACUUGUCGACUACCUGUGAGCUAAAUGGGAAUACAUGUGUAAUAAAGAACCAAAUCGGUCCUAACGAAUCAGCAAUCGAUGAUGCCACUAAUCCAAGAUUUGUGAGACUAAGAGAACCAGUCUGGCAUUAUCAGGAUCCAAAUGGGAAUGUUCAUGGUCCUGUUAGUAUGUUGUUUCUCUGCAAGUUGAAAGGAACUGAACGUAUCCCUCCAGAUCUCAGAAUAUGGAGGAUAGAUGAGAAACAAGAAAACUCUAUAUUAUUAUCUGAUGCACUGAGUUUCAAGUGUUCCCAAAAAGUAUCAUUGCCACUCAACUGUGAACAACAGUCUUUGCGGGCCAGUGUUACAUUAGAAACCACCACAGAAAAUAGUCACGGUGGUCUUAGCAAUGAAACAAGGAGUGCUAACAAUCAAACUGUCAAGCAGGGCGAGGCGGAAAAGGUUGGUGAUACUUAUACCCCACCUAAUGGUACGGAUGAAUCUGUUAAGAGCAAUGGAGGGCACACUCCGUCUCCUGGUUUGACUACACAAGCAGAUGGGAAUAUAAGUGACGGGCAAAGUGGUCAUUUUGAACGAAGGGAAGCAUCACCCAAAUGUGACAUUUCUUGUCAUGAUGGUCCCAACGUACACCCUGCACUACCUUCAAUUGCCUUUAAUGAGAAAUUGAUUGACAAACCUUCUGAUAAAGUGGUGGAAGGUCAUGGGAAUGAGCAAAAAUCUGAAGUGAAUGGAAAUUUGGGUUCCAAUAGGUGUUCUGAGGAUCCGAGUAAUAGCGGGCAAAGUGAUCAAAAGCAAUCUGACAAUGAAGAGAAUUCGGGCCAAUCUUCUGGUCAGAAUUGGAGAGGCCCUAGUGUAAUUCAUCAUCCACCAAUGGAUGCUUCUUCAUGGAUAGCAUCAAUCUUCGGCGAUACUGAUUGCCCAUUAGUUGAUGAUUCAGUUUCAGAUCUGUUGGAACAAGUAGCAGCAAAGGAGAAAGAUGGUGUAUUGGAAACUCCCACAGCAAUAGAGUGGGAUGAUGAGUUGACUGAGGGUGCUAUAACUGAUUGUUUCAGUUUCGCCGCUAAUGCACUUAGCCCAAUGCUUGAUGCAGGUAAAGGUGAUGCACUGAGCUCCUCAAGUGAUUUACAUUUACCAUCGCAAUCCAAUGCAGCAGAGGAGCCAUUUCGGCAAGCAGACGUGCAUAAUCAUCAAACUAUAUGUGGGGAACAAUCCUCAAAAGCUCCUGAAGUUGAGUCUACUUUUUCGCGUAUUAGCUGGAAUCCAACUCAUCAAUUUUCAUGGGAUCCGACUCGUUGACUUGGCAGCUCACAUCGAAGGCUAUUUUUCUCUCGUCUUUAGGCUAAAACAGAUCUUAGACCAACUUGAAUCGGAUACUUAAUAUCCUGUGUUUAUAAGUUAUAACAACAUUCUUUUGCAAACAGUGACCUCUCACCUUCCUUCAAUGUUGAGGAAGAAACGGAAGAGCGUCGUUCUUCAUAGCCAACGUUAUUUUGAUUUUCAUUUCAUUGAAUUUUAAAUGCGAGAAAUGGAUUCUCGUUACUUUAAUUUUUAUCGAAGAAAUUUAUAAUCAGCGGUAUAUAUUUCUUUCUUCGCAUUA